CAGCAAGGAAAGCUCCUUGAUUCCAGUUGAGAGGUUGAGAGAAUAAUGGCGACCAAACUGAAGUCAGCGAGUGGAGGCAGCAAUGGCGCACCAAGGGAGUCGAACAUCCAGGUUAUGGUUCGAGUAAGACCAUUGAACCAGACCGAAAAGAGCAAAGGUUCUCACAGUAUAGUGGACGUCAAAAACAACAGGGAGGUGUGUGUGGCCACCAAGGAACGUGGAUUCGGUGGACACAACACAAAGAAGUUUUCUUUUGACAGGAACCUUGCCACAACAAAACAGGACAGUGCUGAGAAGGAGUACUUGGUCCAGCAGCACGUUACGACCGAAGGAAAGCUGUACAACCAGGCGUCACUGUUGCUUGAGACGGCAGACAGCAGUCUUGGUGAUGUUGAGGGUUUGCACAAGAAGCUGGACAGAAAGAAACACAUAGAGACCCUCAACAAGGUGUGCCAACACUACUUCCAGAAGGGAUUCCAGGCCAGCCUCACGGAGAUGCAGCAUCACGUGGAGGAAAACGCCAACGCUCAGUUGAACACGUGCACCAGCCUUAUGUCAGAUCUAGGAAAGUGCCUGACCAAUCAGACGCACGACGUGAACAGCCAGUUGACCAAGAUGGUGGACACCCUGAGACAGGGCCUGGUGGACAUCACGGCUACACAGCAGCAGGAGAACUGGAAGGACUGGGCAGCAGGCACUAAAGCUGCUGUCUCCAAGUACAAG